UAGAGCAUAUUUUGGUUGACAUUUCAAUAGAGAAGCAAAUAAAAAAGAGAGAGAAUAAGAAAGGAAAGCAAUUACGUAAUUAAAAGAAAGAAAGAAAAUACGUAUUGCUAUCAUGGUGACUUCAGUGGCUCCUAGAGUUGAAAGCUUGGCUAGCAGUGGCAUCCAGGCAAUCCCAAAGGAAUAUGUGAGACCCCAAGAAGAGCUAAACAGCAUCGGCAAUGUCUUCGAGGAAGAGAAAAACAAUCUUGGGCCUCAAGUUCCAACCAUUGAUUUGAAGAACAUUGAAUCUCCAGAUGAGGCUGUUCGAGAGAAAUGCCGCGAGGAGUUGAAGAAAGCUGCCAUGGAAUGGGGUGUCAUGCACCUUGUUAACCAUGGCAUCUCCGAUGACCUGCUUGACCGUGUGAAAAAGGCAGGGAAGAUCUUCUUUGAUCUCCCAAUAGAGGAAAAGGAAAAGUAUGCUAAUGAACAGGUUUCAGGCCAAAUUCAAGGGUAUGGGAGCAAGCUAGCCAACAAUGCUAGUGGGCAGCUUGAGUGGGAGGACUAUUUCUUCCACCUUGUUUACCCUGAGGAGAAGCGUGACAUGUCCAUAUGGCCUAGGACACCAAGCGACUACAUUGAGGCAACAAAAGAGUAUGCAAAGCAAUUGAGAGUCCUAGCGACCAAGGUAUUCUCCGUACUAUCCCUUGGCUUGGGAUUGGAAGAAGGAAGGCUAGAGAAGGAAGUUGGUGGCCUGGAAGAACUACUUCUCCAAAUGAAAAUCAACUACUAUCCCAUAUGCCCUCAACCAGAACUUGCUCUUGGUGUUGAAGCUCACACAGACAUAAGUGCACUAACUUUCAUUCUCCACAACAUGGUUCCCGGCCUGCAACUUUUCUAUCAAGGCAAGUGGGUCACAGCAAAAUGUGUUCCAAAUUCUAUCAUCAUGCACAUAGGGGACACGAUAGAGAUUUUGAGCAAUGGUAAGUACAAGAGUAUUCUUCACAGGGGACUGGUGAACAAGGAGAAAGUUAGGAUCUCAUGGGCAGUCUUUUGUGAGCCACCAAAGGAGAAGAUCAUCCUGAAGCCACUGCCGGAGGUUGUGUCCGAGGCUGAGCCACCACUCUACCCACCUCGCACCUUUGCUCAGCAUAUUCAACACAAGUUGUUCAGGAAGACCCAAGAUGCUGCUCUUUCUGCUGCUGCUCUUAAAUAAGCCUUGGUUACAAAAUUAUUGGUAAUGUCGAUUGAGUUCAUUUAUUACUAUGUUGUUUUAUCAUUUAUGGCGCUCUACUUGUGUGCAAGUUUAGUUUUUGACCCUUUUGUGACAUGUAUAGGUCAUAAGUUACGGGUCUCCUUGUUAUUGGCGAUUCUCUGUUUGCUUUGAAAAAAUAAGAAUUGAUAUUCAUCUUUUGUUAGGUUAUCUAUCUUGGAUGAUUAAUUGGUUAAUGCUAAUCAAAGUGCUCCUUUUAGUGAAA